AUGCCAUCGACCAGGAACGUGACGGACAAACGCUUCGACGUCGUCGUCUAUGGCGCCACUGGCUUCACCGGAUCGCUAGUGGCUCGAUACGUGGCUGCAGAAUCCGAGUCGGCAGUCGGCAACCCGUCGGCUAUCAAGUGGGCGCUGGCUGCUCGAAGCGCAACUAAACUGACGCAAGUGAAGGAGCAGCUCAAGACGGAGCUGCCAGAGAUGGACCCCGCACUGAUUGAUGCGAUUCCAGUGGUUGUCGCUGACAGCAGCAAUGAAGAAUCGCUCGUCCAGAUGGUGCAGCAGACGAAGGUGGUCGUGUCGCUCGUGGGUCCGUACAAACUCUACGGCGAGUUGCUGAUCAAAGCGUGUGCGGAGAACGGGGUGCACUACUGUGACCUGACGGGAGAGAUCAUCUGGGUCGAAGAGAUGGUCGCUGCCUACGCCUCUUCGGCUGCUAAAACAGGCGCUGUAUUGGUCAAUUGCUGCGGAUUUGAGAGCAUUCCAUCGGACCUCACGACGUUCUUAAUGAGCGACUACAUCCGGCACAACCAUCAUUCAAGUACGGGCGUCAUUGACCUCUACUUCACUGGCAUGAAGGGCGAACCGAGUGGGGGCACUCUCGCAUCAGCGUUUGCAAUCAUGGACACGUCUUCGUCUGAACAGCUGCGGGCUUCGCGCAAUCCCUUCUUCCUGACGGACGAGAAGACAAUUGCUGGAAAGAAGGCAGCAGGUCUUGUCGAGCCCAAUGCGAGUGGUAUCCUCGUGCGUUACGACAAGAUCGUGCGCACUUGGCAUUCGCUGUUUAUCGGUGGGCCGAUAAACCAGGCUAUCGUGCACCGUAGCAACUACCUUCUGCAGAACAAGUACGGCAAUAACUUUGUCUACCGAGAGCGAAUGGCCAUUGGCGGGUUCUUCACGCAAGUGCUUGUAACUAUCGGGACGAUCAUCGUGGCCACUGCACUGUACUUUGGCUGGACCCGUGCGUUGCUAAAGCGUCUCGUGCGGGCUCCUGGCCAGGGGCCAUCGGAGGAGUCGAUGUUGCAAGGCUAUUUCGUCGCGGAUGCCGUCGGGUACACGGAUGACGGCAAGGUAGCGGUGCGGGCAAAAGUUGCUGGGUCGGGAGACCCCGGCUAUUAUCUCACGUCGCGACUUGUAUCGGAGUGUGCGUUCUGCCUCGCGAAGGACGAGUUCGGUGAGUCCACAUGUCUCGAAGGUGGCUUCUACACGCCGGCCAGCGCCUUUGGUCGCAAGUUGGUUGACCGCCUUCAGCAAAAGAAGCUCAUGACUUUCGAGCUCAAGAACGUGGAUCAAACCGUGGCAGGGAGUGGCCAAAUGCUUUGA